AUGGAAAUCCAAGGAGUAGCCGGCGGGCGGCGCCGCCGGAUAAUUCUGGUGCCGUUUCCCGUUCAGGGCCACAUAACGCCGAUGCUGCAACUGGGCAGCAUCCUUCACGCGCGGGGGUGUUCCAUAACCAUCGCCCACACCGAAUACAACGCGCCUAAUCCUUCGACCCAUCCCGAGUUCAUGUUCCUCGGCUUGUCGGACGGUUUGGGUGCGGGCUACGACAUGUCGUUCGACAAGAUUCUGGGCGCUAUCUAUAUUAUGAAUGAAAGGUGCGGGGCGCCUUUGGUGGAAUAUGUGGAAAAGCAGACGGCUUGUGGGGAAGAAAUUGCGUGUAUUGUUCAUGACAACAUCAUGUUCUUUGUUGAUGCUGUGGCUACUCAUCUCAAGAUUCCGGGCAUAGUUCUGGCCACUUUUAGUGCAGCGUACUUUCAGGCUCUAGUGUCUAUUAUUCCACGUUUUGAUGCUAUAUUUCCCUUUCAAGACUCGAUGCUUGAGGAGCCACUACCAGACCUUCAUCCCCUGAGGUACAAGGACGGCCCAUUUCACCCAACUCUAGAUAAUGACAUUGCAGAGCCAAUACGAAAUUUUUACAGAACAACAAAUGACAUAAGAUCUGCAGUGGCAUGCAUUUGCAACAGCACAGACUAUCUGGAGCAUUCAUCACUGUCAAAGCUUCAAACCCACUACAAAGUUCCCUUCUUCCCCAUAGGACCCUUUCACAAGUUGGCCUCAUCAUCAUCAAACUCCCCAACCAACCUGCAAGAAGAGGACCCCACCUGCCUGCCAUGGCUGGACACCCAAGCUCCUCUCUCGGUCCUCUACGUGAGUUUCGGCAGCGUUGCCGUCGUGGAGAAACGCGCCGCCGUCGAAACCGCCUGGGGACUCAUCAACAGCGGCCGGCCGUUCUUGUGGGUGGUGCGGCCGGGAUCCGUCCACGGCGUAAGGUGGACGGAAUUCCUGCCCGAGGGUUUCCAAGAAGUGGUUGGCCCGGAUAGAGGUCGGGUCGUGAAGUGGGCCCCACAGCGGGACGUGCUGGUACACCCUGCUGUGGGGACCUUCAUGACUCACUGCGGAUGGAACUCGACUUUAGAGAGUAUCUGUGCCGGCGUUCCUAUGAUCUGUCGGCCAGUGUUCUCGGAUCAACUCGUGACGGCCAGGUACCUUAGUGAUGUGUGGAAGGUAGGGUUGGAAAUGGAGGUGAUAGAUAGGGAUGUGGUUGAGAGGAGUGUGAGGAUGAUGAUGAUAGGUGAAGAAGGCAAAGAUAUGAGGAAAAGAGUGGUUGAUUUGAAGCAGAAGGUGGAGAGUUGUGUUGAGAAAGAUGGGUGUUCUUACGAGGCCUUGAAUGAGCUAGUAGAAUUCAUUUCUUCUCUUCAUCACAAGGAUUAA